AUGAAGGGUGAGGGGCUGCGCUUGGCGCGGCUGGCGCUACUGUUACUGCAGGCCACAGUUGUUCUCAGUCGAACAGCGUUUGAAAAGCUGACUGAUGUAGACUUCUCGGGAACUGCGUACUACACAGUACGAAACCUAUCACUGUAUGAAUGCCAGGGCUGGUGUCGCGAGGAACCUGACUGCCAAGCCGCCUCCUUCAGCUUUGUGUUGAAUCCGUUGACACCGGUGCAAGAAACGCGAUGCCUCCUUCAGAACGACACUCAGGCCAACAACCCCAUGGCCACUCCACAGCGGUCAGUGAACACGUACUACAUGGUGAAGCUGCAAGUGCGUACAGAGAGCGUUUGCCUGCGGCCCUGGGCGUUCGAGAGAGUGCCAGGCAAGGCGCUGCGCGGACUCGACAACUCCGUCAUCUACACGUCUACCAAGGAAGCCUGUCUCGCCGCCUGUCUUAACGAGAAAAAGUUCCCGUGCCGUUCAGCGGAGUAUGAAUACGGCAGCAUGCGGUGUUCGCUCAGCGACUCCGACCGACGCACGGCGCAACACUUCGUGCAGCUCGUGGACACGCCCGGCACCGAUUACUUCGAGAACUUGUGCCUGAAGGCGUCGCAGGCGUGCAAGGGGCAGCGCGUGUUCACAGCGCCGCGCAUCGGCGUCGCCGAGGACAAGGUGGCCCAGUACGCCGGCCUACACUACUACACCGACAAGGAGUUGCAGGUUACAUCCGAAGCAGCUUGCCGGCUCGCAUGCGAAAUUGAGUCAGAGUUCCUGUGUCGCUCCUACCUUACAUGGGCCCCCCUCACUCAGCCGCGUACAACUGCCGACUGUACCAUUUGGACCACCACACCCUGCCUGAUGGACCUUCAGCCUACCUCAACGCUGAGAGACCACUCAUCGAUGAUGGAGAACCCAUCGGAAAGUACUUCGAGAACUUCUGUGAAAAGCCGCCUAAUAACGCGAAUCCUCCUGGCGAGCUCCCGGUAACGAUUGAGCAUCAACAAGACACGAACAUGUCGAGCAACCUGACGAGGAACGAUGCCAACUGCGACAAAACUGGAACUUGCUACGAUGUUUCCGUGCUCUGCAAGGACACGAGAAUCGCAGUCCAAGUGCGCACGAACAAGCCAUUCAAUGGACGUAUUUACGCUUUGGGACGUUCGAGACUUGCAACAUUGACGUCGUUAACAGCGACCUAUUCAGACUCGACCUCACCAUGGCUGGCCAAGAUUGUAACACUCAGAGCGUCACUGGAGUAUACUCAAACACCGUCGUCCUCCAACAUCACAGCGUAGUGAUGACUAAAGCGGACAAGAUUUACAAAGUCAAGUGCACAUACGACAUGAGCUCGAAGAACAUCACAUUCGGAAUGGUACCAAUCAGAGACCCGGAGAUGAUUUCCAUCACUGCCGCGCCCGAGGCACCGCCACCACGCAUCCGUAUCUUGGACGCUCGCCAACGCGAGGUGGAGACCGUCCGUAUUGGAGACAGGCUUACCUUCCGCAUCGAGAUCCCCGAAGACACUCCUUAUGGAAUCUUCGCCCGCAGCUGUGUCGCUAUGGCGAAGGACUCAAAGAGCACUUUCCCGAUUAUCGAUGAUGAAGGAUGUCCUUUGGACCCAUCAAUUUUCCCGGCGUUUACUCCUGACGGCAAUGCACUCCAAUCCGUGUACGAAGCCUUCAGGUUCACAGAAUCUUACGGAGUCAUCUUCCAAUGUAACGUCAAGUACUGUCUUGGACCUUGUGAACCGGCGGUGUGCGAAUGGGGCCGAGAUUCUUUGGAGUCGUGGGGCAGAAAGAAGCGUUCGUUGCCCCAUAACGAGACCAGUGAGGCACACAGUCAGGAAGAAGAUAUGAACAUUUCACAAGAAAUCCUGGUCCUUGACUUCGGUGAUGAAAGACAGAGCACAGACUUCCUACGGUCAGACAAGCCUGGAGGCGUGGCAUCUGAAGCCAACUUUGGAGAAAAAACAGUAACGAUCGUGGAGCCGUGCCCCAGCAAGGCGUCCGUGUUGUUGCUGGGUGUGGCGUGCGCCCUGCUUGUCCUGCUAUACAUCGCGACCAUCUUCUGCUACUACAUGCGCAAGUGGCUGGCACCGCCCAAGCACAUGUCAUAA